GCGAUUGGAAGCGUAUUUGGAAGACUAUAAAUUAAAGUAUAAAAUAUCAUGGAACAUACUUUCAGUGCACUUUCCUGUUAAUUUAUUUUUUACGUGUAGUGCUCUAGACAACUAUGCAAAAACCAGACCUACCUUGAUCCGUGCUUCGCUGAAUGACCGCACCGUGGCGCUCCCAUCGCACGAGAGCACCAUCAAUGGGUAUGAAUGACGAGAUAUUCUCUUCCUUCUGAAAAAUACCUACCAAAUUGGCAAUUAAAUGCCGAGGGUCAGCUGUUAGAAGCCUCAUUACUUCGUAAACGCUUACUUUUGAUUGACCAGCGCGAUUAAAAUCUGCCCAGAAACUCGACCGGCUCCGGCGCCGGAAGUGCGUACCAAUCCAACACAAACCAUCAGCCAGCUUCCGCACAACCGUUGCGCGCGUUCGUUUGUCAUAAUCGUUCCUUUCAAAGCACCGUUUGUCACUACUUUCAAAGGGGAGAGAGGUUUCUGUUCCGCGAAGAGAGAGCUUCGCUGAUGUCUGCCUGCCAGAAGAGAAGUAAUCCAAAAACAACACGCAUAGUAGGCUAGAGGUCCAACUCGUCGCUUGAAAGAGAGCAGCCACAUAUCACAUCGCCGCCGCCGUCUACUUGGAUGGUCAUUCUGUCUGUCCCGUGGCUCGGUGAAUAUUAAUCGGAAAAAUUCGCGUCAGCCGCAAUCAAAGUUGCGUAGAUUGGUGAUUUGAGUGCAGAAACUGUGAAUAGAGGAACUAAUUAGCGAACUUUUGCAAUCACUGUUCAGGGGAGUGACAUUGGGAUAGUGGGUAGUCAGUGUGCAUUAUAAAUGGUGAAUCCAAGUCUGAAGGAGAAAAUGCUUCGGUUCCAGAUACCGAGCGACCUGAAGGACGACCUCGUCUACUGCCAGCGAUCUCUGCGUCACUUUGUCAAAGUGCAUCAGCUGCUGGCAUCCAAGUUGGCCAAUGGAUUAACGCAGAGUCAGAUAUCCAAGCUCAAGCGCUACCUCCAGGAGCUGGAGGGCGAGAUGAUCGACAUCGGCAACGAGCAGCGGCCGCUGGUUCGCGAGCUGGACCGCCUCGUGCGCGAGUACAUCAAGGAGGCGGCCGCCAAGGAGUUCGUCGACAUCGACCGGGAGGUGGCCAACGGGUACGUCACCCGGGCCCUGUCCGUCCACUACGAGAUGUCCUUCAACACCAAGUACACGCCGAAGACGGUCAGCGAUCGGCUGACCGAGGCCCAGCUGGUGCACAAGUACGAACUUGCUUCCUUCGAUGAACCGCAGCCGAAGAAAGAGAAGGACGAAUCUCAAAGUAGCAGCGGGUCGUCGAUUUCUCCGACCGCCACACAUCCGUACAAUCAGCGGCAGAUCUCGCUGCUCAAGCCGAAGGAGGAGCGGGUUGCUUCCGGAGGCAGUAAGAAUCUUCCGCCCUUCAACAACAUCACCUACUCGAACGCAAAGGCCCUGGUCAACGAGCAGGCUCUCAAGAAGAUCACGCCGGAGAACAUCGCCGUUCCGAAGAAGCUUAUCAAGGUCCCGCCGAAGAUCGAGAACCUUCCGCGUCCGGUUCCGAAGCUACCGGAAAUCGAUUGCUCCCCGGUCAAGCAGGAGGAAGACUACGAGCCGGAAGAACUUCCGGCAACCGUCGCCAUCAAGAAGAGCCGUAUGAAUCUGCUCCAGGCGUUGAACAAGGCCAAGAACAGCAGUCUGACCCUGAGUCAACCAUCGGAGGAUCCACCGAAGGCCGGAUUUGCCACCCGUCAGAAGGGCAUGGUCAAGACCAGAAGCGAUCCUCUGCCCGGAUCACGCAGCAAGCGUCCGUCCAGCGGAGCCUCGUCCGACUCGUCCCCGAAUUCGCGCUCUUCCACGCCCCUUUCGGUGAAGGCCUCGGACGAUUCGUCCGUCGAUCGGGCCCCGAUGCCCAUAGAGGAGUAUUGCGAACCGCAGCCGACGGACAUUGCCGAACUGGAGCAGCCCGUCUUCCUGAAGUUCUUCGGACUGCUUACCCUGGACGAGAGCAAAGCGCUGGCCACGCGGAAGACCGAGCGGAAACGGCGCAGCUGCAACAGCACCGAGCGGAAGGAUUUUCACUACGGAAAAAUCGACUACUAUGAGCAGCAAAUAUCGCACAUUGCCCGGCGCCGGAAUAAACGGCCGACCCUGUACUCGCCACCUUCGACCAGGGGAGUCAAGAAGCGGAAGCACUUCGAUCUGAUUGCCUCCAGUACCGGGGCGGGAUCGAUCCGAGCAGGCGGGUCGGGAACCAGCGGUCAGCAGCGGGAACAGCAGGCGCAGCAACGGGUCGGAAGCGGAUCGGUCACCGGCGGGGACGCGUCCAAGUCAGUGCUGGCCGGCCUGGAGAACAAAAUUUGCAUCGUCUGCAACAAAUCGGGUUCCCCGGAUAGUCUGAGCGCGUGCGUCUACUGCUGCAACAUCUACCACCUGCGUUGCCACAGCAACAGCAUCUUCAAUCCGCAACUGCUGCGCCAGCGGGAUAACAUCUGCCCGGUUUGUCUGCAGAAGAAGCAACAGGCCGCCGUGGCGCUCCAGAACCAACAGCGGGAUCAAAUGCUGCGCAAACGGUUGCUGCGACGCAACGCGCAGCAGAGGGCGCGCAACGAGCGGCUGCAGCAGCAGAUGAACGUGCUGGAGGAGGAGUUCACCGUCAAGCAGGCAGCGCGUCGGAUUUUGCUGGAGCAGGAACGCUGCACCCGGGACCAGAUCGCGCAGCUGAUGAACUACGUGCGCACGCUGCGGCACGAGCAGUGAGAUACCCAGCGAUGCUUCGUUGAAGCCCCCAGGCCAUUCAGUACAAAUGUGUGCGCGGAUUCCACGCCAAGCUCUUCCAUCCGUUUUUGAUUUUGAUUUCAUUUUAUCUCUUUUUUUUCUUUUCUUUUUUUUAUGUUACAUUGCGUCUGCUUAUUAUUUCGCAAGAAACUGCCACAUUUAGUUGUAAAAGCUUAUUGAUUAUUUAUAUGAACACAUCUUCAUUAUUCGUUUCUGCCGAUAUCAGGUUGUUGAAGACCUGUCGGGCAUUGAAGAAGAGAGACAGAGAAAGAUCUAGACAGCUAGAUGUUUAUUGGAUUUAACGUAUCAUUGUAUUUGUAUUUAUAAUAGUUGUAAUACACUCUGCCAGCAAUAUCAUUGAACAGUACUGAUUAGUGGAAAACUAGAUGGAUUGAUUGGAAAUAAAAAGACGUUAUGAUAGAUUGUAAUAAUUUA